AUGCUUAAGCAACUACAUACCUGCUGCCGGAGAACUUACGGAAGUUCGAUUCGAUCGUCCUGUUUGGGCUGGUGCGAAGCCAAUACAGAUAGCCACUCAAUUGAUAGAUCUCUUUACGAUGAUCAAGAGCCCGCCCAACCUGAUCUUCCUGUUGAAGUACGGUCGGACGAACCAGAGUUAGCAGAGGAUCCAGACUUUGAUCGAAGAUGGCAAGAAGCAUUGGCAUUUGCCAAAGAAAGGAAGUGGAAAGAAGGCUCUCCAAAUGCUGACAAUACCACUGCUGCUCCUUCGUUGAACGAAACUGCUACGGUGAACGCCGCUGUUCCGGCCGUGAAACAUGAAGAGCGCUACUAUUAUCACUCCUCACUCUAA